AUGGAUCAAAGAAUUUGUAUCAAAUUUUGCGUAAAAAAUGAAAUAAAGUGUAACAAAAUGUGUGAAAUGUUAACAAAGGCCUAUGGUGAGUCUGCUAUGAGUAAAACAAGAGUUUACGAGUGGUAUAAGCGUUUCCACGAUGGCCGUGAAGACGUUGAAGAUGACGAACGCACCGGACGCCCCAACACAUCAACAACCGAUGAAAACGUGGAAAAAGUGAAAGAAAUAGUUAUAAACGAUCGCCGAAUUACAAUCAGAGAAGUCGCUGAUGAUGCUGGCAUAUCGAUUGGCUCAUGCCAUGAAAUUUUUUCGAAUGUUUUGGGUAUGAAACGCGUGGCAGCAAAAUUUGUUCCAAAAUUGUUGAAUUUUGAACAAAAACAGCGGCGAAUGGAAGUUGCUCAAGAGUCACUAAAUGAAAUCAACGACGAUGCAGAAUUACUGAAACGUGUUAUAACAGGUGGCGAAACAUGGGUUUACGGAUAUGACGUCGAAACUAAGGCUGAAUCGUCCCAGUGGAGGCAUUCUGGCUCGCCAAGACCGAAAAAGGCUCGACAAAUGCGGUCGAACGUGAAGGUUAUGCUCACUUUGUUCUUCGAUUUUAAUGGCAUAGUGCAUCAUGAAUUCUUGCCACGAGAUCAAACGGUCAAUAAGGAGUGCUACCUACAAGUUCAACGCCGUUUGCGUUGAAGUAAUCCGAAAAAAAACGCCCGGAUUUGUGGAAAAACAAUUCAUGGCUUUUGCACCACGAUAAUGCACCUGCUCACACUUCAUUGCUUCUUCGUGAAUUUUUGGCCAAAAACAAUACUGUAACGAUGCCCCAGCUUCCAUCCGCCAGACAUGGCUCCGUGUAACUUUUUCCUAUUUCCAAAAAUAAAGAGAACCUUAAAGGGCCG